AAGUCAUUAUCAUUACGCGAUGUCAGUCAGCAAGCAAAAUAAUUUUGCAAACCUGUCAGUGUAAUGAAAUGAAUUCGAACAAUAUUGAUGUGGUGUGAAAAGUGGAACGAAACAAAUCCAUGAAACAUCAUGAAUCACGACGAGAUAAAGUCUGUGGUACAGGAGAAGUUCUUAUCCAGCGAACGGGUCACAGCUUUCCUGUGUGACGCCAAGGUAUUACAUCCCGAAUGGGUGAAAAAGGAUCGGCUUCUGGCCAUCGUCGAGUUUGGAGAUGAAAAGGCAGUGUUUUGCUUAUUUACGUCAUGCUACCCACCAAAGUCCUUCACGGAUUUAUCCAUAGAAAUAGUGCUGCCGAUAGAUAAGAGUUUUAAAUGUGAAAUAGACAACAAACCUUCCGACCCUGAGGCCAUACUGUACCUGAAUCUGCAAUCUCGUAGUAAUAAAUAUAAGUUUGAAAUACAAAUGACUCCCCGCGUCGACAACUUUGUUGAUGACCUUUUUAGAGGCAUAGAAGCUGUGAACAAAGUGCCAACUCAGCCAGAUUUCGUGUGGCUAAAGAAGUACACUGGUAAAAUUGACAACGACAUACUGACCCACACCAUGGCGCUACCCGGUGGUGUCCCGCACACGCAGAGCUCAGCUCCUGUUGCCAUUAGAGAAAGCCUCAUUAAACACAAAAUGUCUGACAAGGAGUAUGAAUACACUUUUACAAAGAAAUUCUCUAUAUUCUGUGGCACAUGGAAUGUGAAUGACAAAUCUCCUGUAAUUCCUCUCAAGGACUGGCUGAGUGUUGACAGGGAGCCCCCUGAUAUCUAUGCUGUAGGGUUCCAAGAAUUGGAUCUUUCUAAGGAGACAUUUCUGUUUGACCAAACAUUUAGAGAGGAUGAGUGGUAUUCUGCUGUCAUUAAAUAUGUUGAUAAAAGAGCAAAGUAUGUCAAAGUGGAGAAAGUAAGACUUGUAGGCAUGAUGCUAAUAGUUCUCAUUAAAGAGAAACACCUGUCUCAUGUGCGCAAUGUUGUGUGCGAUACUGUGGGUACUGGGAUCAUGGGCAAGAUGGGGAAUAAAGGAGGAGUGUCCAUAAGAUUUGACCUCCACAGCACCUCACUGUGCUUUGUGAACUCCCACUUGGCUGCACAUGUGGAGGAAUUUGAGAGAAGAAACCAAGACUUCCGAGAUAUCUGCAACAGGACCAGAUUUGUGCAACCCAACCAACUUCCUAAGUCCAUCAAAGACCAUGACCAAGUAUACUGGCUGGGAGACCUGAACUACCGCAUUACAGAACUAGAUCCUACCACAGUCAAAAAGCUAUGUAAUGAGAACAGUUUUGCACCAGUUUUGGAAUGGGACCAGCUGAAGCAACAACAUAAACUAAAUAAUGUAUUCUCUGGAUACACAGAAGGUGACAUAAAUUUUAAACCUACAUACAAGUAUGACCCCGGCACAGAUAACUGGGAUUCCAGUGAGAAGAACAGAGCUCCUGCUUGGUGUGACAGAAUAUUCUGGAAAGGAGAAAAUAUUGUACAACUGGGUUACCGAAGUCAUCCAUCAUUGAACAUAAGUGACCACAAACCAGUGUCAGCUAUAUUCAACUCCUCUAUUAAAAUAAUAGAUGAAGAGAAAUAUAGGAAAGUGUAUGAAGAAGUUAUUAAGCAACUGGAUAAAAUGGAAAAUGAGCUGAUUCCCCAAGUAAAAGUUGAUAGAACUGAAAUUGAUUUUGAGACUGUAAGGUACUUAGAACUGCAAGUUCGAACUAUCACUAUCAAGAAUGUUGGUAAGCUUCCUGUAGAGUUCGAGUUCAUCAAAAAACUAGAUGAAACUAGCUUCUGCAAGGAAUGGCUCAUAGUUGAACCAUACAAGAAAUGUAUUUGUGCUGAAGAAACAUGUGAAAUCCAACUUAAGGUUCUAAUAAACAAAACAUCUGCUUGUAAGAUGAAUGCUGGAACAGACAAACUGUAUGACAUUCUUGUACUGCAUUUGUAUGGAGGCAAAGAUAUUUUCAUAACCAUUAAUGGCACAUACCAAAGAAGUUGUUUUGGGUGUUCUAUAGAGGUUUUAGUGAACCUCAAUAUGCCAAUAAAAGAGGUACCUGUAGGGAAACUAAUUGAGCUUGAAAAUAAAAGGGAUUCAUGUGUAUCUAACCAAUCCACAUACUCUAUCCCCAAAGAGAUUUGGUUCCUGGUUGACCACAUUUAUCUACAUGGUCUAAAAGAGCCCAACUUGUUUGAGCAGCCAGGAUUUCAUUCUGAAGUGUUACAGAUUCGAGAUUGGCUGGACAGUGGCUCCAUAGACCCAAUACCUGGCAGUAUCCACUCUGUGGCUGAAGCAUUAUUGUUACUGCUCGAGAGUACUGCUGAUCCAAUCAUUCCUUAUAAUCUUCAAUCAGUAUGUUUGAGAGCAUCAGCCAAUUACUUGCAAUGCAAACAAAUUAUAAUGGAGUUGCCAGAAUUUAGGAAGAAUGUUUUCUUGUAUUUGUGUGAGUUCUUACAAGAAGCUCUGCAGCACAGUGCUGAAAAUGGACUUGACUCGAAAACGCUCUCGACGUUGUUCGGCGCCAUUUUCCUCAGGGAUAAUCCGAACCAAACACAGGAACCACAGUCAAGGAUAAAUAGACAAGUGAUAGAUAAGAAAAAGGCACAGUUUGUAUAUCACUUUUUGGUUAAUGACCAUAGUGAUUUAAUAUUUUCUAGAUAAAUGAAUUAGUUGUUGCAUUAUUGUAAAACUUUUGUGGGAAAAUGGAACACUAACAGUGCAGCAAUAAUUCCAUCAAUGCAUUUUGCCCCAUCAUAUUGCUCUGUUUUUCCAUUUAAGCUCUUGUUUAGUAUGCCUGUUGUGCGCAUUAUAUUUAUUAGUAAUAAUACUCACAUAUUUCCAUUAGUAACCCUAGGGAAUAAAUUACUUUAAUAAUAAUGUAUGAGACUGCUUUGUUGCAAACUCUAAUUGGAUUCUUUUUCGAAGUUUUAGCUCAUCCUUUGUAACAGAAUACUACAAUUAGGUGAACUAUGUAGUAUGACUUGAGGCAUGACAGUCACGAUUUUAUCAUACCUAAGUCUCAUAGUUAUACAUACAUUUUACGCUUAUUCCUUUUACAUAGUUAAUGUGAAUCUCCUUUCGCAUUUAACAAUGUAACGUUUCAGCUCAUACUGUUCUACUAAUUCAUUUGUAAUCCACUGUUCAUGGUAAAUGACGUAGUCACUUAAUCAUUACAUCAUGCGACAAAAUUAACUGUUGUGCAUUUGCCUACUUUGAUAAUAAUGUUGUUAGUUGUUUCCAGAUUUUAUUUAUAGUAAGAGGGGGAUUUGGGUCAUUACUGCACUUUCGAUAAGGCAAAAAUAUUUCCUCUCUAUCUCGUUAGAUCCUGGCGACAAUAACACGCAAUGCAGCAGAGGCGCCAUUGUGUCUGGUUGCCAUAGAAUUUAUCUCAUUAGCGGUGACAAGUUGAGCAAAGUUGCGUGGGCGACAUCCCCUGGUACUUAGUCGGUUUAAGCUCUCUCACAAGGUCAUCAGUUAUUCUAAUAUCUUGGAGACCUGAUUUAUAAAUAUCUCUGAAUAAUUUAUAAACCCAAUAAAAUCAAAAGUCACCAAAAUUAAAAUUAUUAUGUAACCAAUUCAAGUGGAGGAAAAUAUGCCAAAAUAUUCAUCCUAUAAGGUAAAAAUAGUUAGUAGAUUUUAUUUUUAAAAGUUUAAUUUUACUGUAAACGAUGUAUUAUAAUAAUUAUGUUUAAUUAAUGGAUUUAAUUCUUAUUAAAGUUCCAGGAAAAAUACGUAGGUUCCUCUGCUACCGAGCCUUAUAAUUAUGCUAACUAUAGUUCUAAAGGGCCAUGUCGUAAUGAUUUCACACAUUACCGAUCCAUAUAUGUAAUUAAUGCCUGACGUAUUUUUCCUGUAGAACGCAAACAAACGGAAGUAUUUUUAGUCGCUAGUUCAACGAAUCAAAGUGGCCAAGUCCAUUAGUUUUAGUUUAUAAUUAAUAUUUUCUCUAAAAUGUUAUCUUAUGACAAAAGAUACCUUAAAAUAGGUACUAUGAUACUUUUGUAAUAAUUAUUACGAUUACGACGUUUUGAAACGCUCUUUAGCAUCACAGAAUUUUGAAAUUAAUACAUUUUUACAGAAUUUACUAUUCGAAUAUGUAGUUGGAUGUAUGUAGAUAGUUGUAUAACUACAGUUUUGUGAAAAAAGUGUGUUUACAUUUUAUUUUAAUUGGAGUGUUCGUUAGUAAAAGCAUUCAAGCCCCUGUACUUGCGUGCCACGUGCACAUAAUUGUAACAUGAACAGUUGCAAUUAAUUCUAAUAAAAUGUAAUCACACUUUAUUAUAUGCGACAGCAUUUACAAUAUUGAUAUUGGUGUCCAUGCAUAGUAGAAAAUAUUAUUAUAUCUAUGUAUUUUACAAGUUUAUUAUUAUAUUUAAACAAAUAUUUUAUUAUUGUAUUUAUUCGUUCAUGUCAUAGUGAAUAUAGUGAACUGUUAAUUUAUUAAAUUAUUAAGAAUACUA